UCCCAAGUAGUUUUCCUGUUACGGGUCGGCGAAAAAGAAAACAUUCUCAUUGACAAAAUUCAGUAAAAUGCCUUCGGAGUGCUUUUUUGAGUUUGACCGCCCUGCUCCGAUUUACUUUAGCGGAGAAACGAUCAAUGGACGGGUAACUCUCUCAACAACGUCUGAAAAAUCCGUAAACGAGGUUUACGUAAUCUUCGAGGGCGAAGCGAAGGUUUAUUGGGAGAAGCUCUAUAGUUCGACCGCAAGUAAGCAGGAACUCACGCGGAUUUUCCGAGGCAAGCAGACGUACGUUAACACUCGUCAUAACGUUUUUGGAUCAGGAAGCUUUCCAGCUGGUAGGCACACCUACGCCUUCGGGUUUCCCUUGCCGCUGGACUGUCCGUCCUCAGUGGUGGGGCAAUACGGAAAGGUUAGCUACGAAAUCUCUUUGGUAAUCGAUCGCCAUUUGCGAUUCAACAAUGUCUUCAAAAAGUCUCUGACGGUACUACAAACCUACAACCUAAACAUGAGUCCUGAAUUGUUGAUGCCCCUGAUGCGUGAAGACAUCAAGCAUAUCUGCUGUUGGCCAUGCAGAUCAGGACCGGUUCUUGCAACACUCACAAUACCCUUUGGCGGCUACGCUCCUGGCCAAAAGAUUCGCUUCACCCUGGAAAUCGACAACCAAUCGAGUGGCUAUGAGGUGGGAGGCAUCGAAGUGAAACUUAGGCAGACCUUUACGUACCACGCACAAACUCCGCGCCACAAAACGCGAGAGCAGGAGCACAGCCUAAGUCAAAACUGCCAGGAGGAAGAGGUGUUGCGACUAUCAAAAAAAAUUAUCAAUUGUACCCUGCCCAUUCCCGCGGUACCACCUUCCACCCGCUCCCAAGAUCAUAUUAUAGCAGUGAGCUAUCGGGUGACUCUGUCGCUAAAAAUGGGCAUCUACAACAAGGACUUAGACUUCGCGAUUCCGAUUGUGAUUGGCACUAUUCCAUUGAUUCAGAGUGCAGAGAAUCCAUUAAAUGCCGCAGAGUGGAUACCCGAAACACCUAAAACUCCAGCGGGAGCUGCCGCAGAUCUGCCACCCAGCUACGACAACUGCAAACCACCAACUUUCGAGGAAGCAACUAAUUUUGGCGAGAGAUUUAUCGACAUCGAUGCUGACGAACACAAUCGCACAGAUGACUUUAUUCCACGUUAUCCUAUGUACUCAAACUUUGGUAUGCCAUCGGCGCCACCACCACCCACUGAGGAAUCGGAGUCCUCUUACUUGCAAUCCGUUCCCAUUCUUUCGCUACCUCACAAUGCCACUGCCCCAUUGAUGGGUGGCAACUCCACUGAUCGCCCAACGUCAUCCUACGGCUGGAACUCCCACUCAUAG